AUGUCUGUUUAUGGGCAGAACAAUUUUACCUGGAAUGGAACUCUGAGACAGCUGGACAGCAGCUACUCAGGCUUCUACACAGGACUCGGCCAACCAAGCAUGACAGCCUCCUCAAGCUCCUCCAGCGGCUUAGAGGUCCUCCUUUCAGCUCUGCAGAAUGUAGGGGAUGUGGAGAGCACCUUAAAUAUCCUCAGUGUCCUGGAUGAGCUUCUGUCAGCUGGUACAGAUCGCCGCAUCCACUAUAUGAUCAGGAAAGGUGGCAGUGAGGCCUUACUGACAGCACUGGUCAAAUGUGGCCACACUUUCAAUCCCAACUACACUAUCCUGUUGCCACUGCUGCACCUUCUGGCUAAAGUUGGUCACAGAGACCGUCAUAUUGGUAUGAAAGCAGAAGAGGCUGGCGCAGUGCUGCUGACUCUGAAUCUGCUCAAACACAAUGCUGAGGAUGCCAGGAGAGCUGCUGCCUGCCUCUGGGUCAUCCAGGUCUUCUGUUCAUCAGUUUCUACAGCAAACCUCAUUGGAGAAAACCACGGACUGGAUGUCAUUUACCACCUCAUCCCUCAGUACUUAACCAAGCAUCUGCAUGCUAUCAAGGCAGCCAUUAAUACCUUUUCUGCUCUGCUGUCCACAAAGGCAAACGUUCAUUCUGCGGUAUCUAAAGGUUACAUCUCUGGACUCUUGUGGCUUUAUGAAGACUGGCAUAGCAAGGAUACUCAAGAUGUUGCCAUCGCAAUCCGUCAUGCACUGCUGUGCUGCCUCCUUAAGGCCACUGACAGCACUGCAGGCAGGCAGGCUUUUGUAUCUCAGGGAGGUAUCAGACUACUUUAUCAAAGUACACAGACCUGCCUGUUAAGCAAAAGUCUGGAGUGUUUGGUGGAGCCAUCAGUGCAACUGAUGAGAAAGUGUCUUCCUAAAAUUCCUCUGCCAGUCACAUCUGAUCAGUCUGCAUACACCUUCCUCCUGCCUGGAACACAACAUGCUUUCCUAGAUGCAGGCAUGGCACCAGAUAAGAGCAGUGACGAGAGUGAUGCUGAAGAAGCUGAAUAUAACCAUGAGGCCAGCAACAGAGAUUAUGAUGAUGACUUGGAGACUGACCUGAACAAACUUCGUCUUCCUCCUGACCCUGACAGACCGAAAGAGCUGCUUGCACAGUACAGCUGCCUCUGCCCUGAACUCUCACAUGAUUUCCAGGAGCUGGAUCGGAGUUCAGAGCCAGGGGAGAGUUCAACAGCAUCUUCAUCAUCAUCAGAUGAUGAUGAGGUUGUGCUGCUUGACAAGGAAAGAAUAAGGACAACUGCAAGUGGAGGUUCCUCCUCCUCCUCUGAUGGUUCUUACUCAAAGAGAAGAAUAUUAAUAAGAGACACACCAGCUGCCACCUAUUUAGCAACCUGUGAUUUCCACAGUCACAGCAGCAUCCUCAGCACAAGCCCUGGAUUGAGGACCAUGGUUAGAGAGGCAAUGGGAGAAGCCUCCCCAUGUCAUAGAGGGGAAGAGCUGGAUGAUGAUGAAGAGGGAGAAUCCCAUCAUCGUACCAUAAUAGACAGAUUACUGGAGAGACAUGGAGCCUGCAUUCCCAGCCACAAUCCCAAGCUAUAUCGUGCCAUAGCUUCCAAAACCAAAUCGAUUCCUGGGUUCACCAUCCUGGCGUUUCCUGAUUUCUGGGGUCAUCUUCCACCACCAGGACAUGAACCCAUGGCUCCACGCAAACCCAACGUACAGAGGCAGAAAGUCUUUGAAGAUAUUCAGCGAUUUCUGAAGACUGAUGACAUCAUCAACCAGGUUGUCUUUGACCUGGAAGACAACGAUCUUCAGUGUCCGUCUGAUUCUUUGCGGUUCUUUUCCAAGUUUGAAUCUGGGAAUCUGAGAAAGGCUACUCAGGUUCGCAGAUAUGAAUAUGACCUCAUAUUGAAUCCAGAUGUUAACUCUUCUCAGCACACCCAGUGGUUUUACUUUGAAGUCAGUAACAUGGUAGCAGAUGUCCAAUACCGUUUUAAUGUCAUCAACUGUGAGAAGAGCAACAGCCAGUUCAACUAUGGAAUGCAGCCGGUGCUGUACUCUGUAAAAGAAGCUCUGGAAGGUAGACCACACUGGGUCAGGACUGGAAUGGAAAUGUGUUAUUUCAGAAACAACUUUUGUCCAGCACAAGGCAGAAGGAAAACCACCUUUUACACUCUGACCUUUACCAUCACCUUCAAACACAGUGAGGAUGUCUGCUAUCUGGCCUAUCAUUAUCCCUACACAUAUUCUGCUCUGAAGGCUCACUUGAAAGUACUGCAGAAAUCAGUGGAUCCUGCCAAGGUGUUUUUCCAGCAGCAGACUCUUUGUAGCACUUUGGCUGAAAAUUCCUGUCCAGUAGUCACCAUCACUGCCUGUCCGGCCAGCAGAAGGUGGAAAGACCUGCACCAGUUGCGUAAUCGCCCCUAUAUUGUACUGACCAGCCGUGUACAUCCUGGUGAGUCCAAUGCCAGCUGGGUAAUGAAGGGCACCCUGGAGUUUCUGUGCAGCAAUGACCUGGUGGCCCAGAGUCUCAGGGAGGCCUUUGUCUUUAAAAUCAUUCCCAUGCUCAACCCAGAUGGAGUCAUCAAUGGCACAAAUCGAUGUGAUCUGAACAGUAAGGAUCUGAAUCGUGAGUGGUGUAAACCAGACCCUGUUCUGAGUCCAACCAUCUACCACACCAAAGGCUUUCUCUACUACCUCAACAGUAUAGGACGGACUCCACUGGUGUUCUGUGACUACCACGGCCACUCCAGAAAAAAGAACGUGUUCCUGUACGGCUGCAGUAUUAAGGAGACUCUCUGGCAAUCUGGCUCUGCAGUUGACACUGUAGGAUUGAAAGAGGAUCCUGGAUAUAGGACAAUUGCAAAGACCUUGGAUCGCAUCGCACCGACCUUUUCUUUCAACAGCUGCAACUUUUUGGUAGAGAAGUCUCGCUCUGCUACAGCCAGAGUCGUUGUCUGGAGGGAAAUGGGAGUCUUGAGAAGUUAUACCAUGGAGAAUACUUACAAUGGCUGCAACCAGGGAAUAUACAAGGGGCUGCAGACAGGAACCAGGGAGCACCAGGAUAUGGGGAUGAAGUUCUGCCAUAGCCUGUUGUCUGUAACCAAAGACACAAAGAUUCUAUACAGCAGGAAACUCAUCAACCAUAUUGACCUGGACAACAACAUUCUGGACCACAAGUCUCACAACUCUUUUGAAGAUGACGAGCCUCCAUGUGCUGAGGAGAUCGAGUAUUCCGGCGACUGUCCCAAACUUAAAGGCACUGAUCUGGAUUCAGAUGUGAACAGCAACAUGGUCGGUUCUGAUGAAGAUGAGGAGGGCGACAAAGAGCACAGUGCUCGAAAACACCAGCAAGACAGUGUCGGCCAGUCUCAGCAGUCAAGCAUAAACGGCCACCUGUUUCCUCUACAAACCCGACUGCCAUCUGCUGACAGUGAGAAAAGAGACUUGCGUAAUGGUGUCAGCAUCUCCAACUGA